AAAUGAGUUGUUAUUAGCUGCUCUGUUUAUCGUGGACAUUUUGGUUCAAGUAUUGUAAGUUCAGGUAAUGCAAUCACAGACCCCAUAUGUACAUUCUACAGGCCCUUUUUGCAGAAAUGCGGGACUGAUUGCGAUUGCAAUCACAGGUGAUAUCAGCAUUAAGUUCAGGCUGGAGGCUUUGUUUUUCUUUUUCUUUCACUAUGUAGCUAGCUGAUAAUUGCAGCAGGAUGUUGUCGACUGUUGGGCUUUCUAUAUAAAGCAGGCCUGAAGUGUAUGCAGUCCAUGUGAAUGGCAAUGGUUUUCAGUUUCAAUCUGCUAUCGAGAUUAUAAAAGGUACUCCCACAUGAUCAGCUUAUAAUGACUUGAAAUAUUUCACCUUUUUAUCUGUGUUAGACUGUUAGUGUCUGAAGAGCUUUUUACAUAUCUGUGCUGUCGUCUUGAUAUAGUAACCGGCAGUAUGAAUUUUGAUCAUAAUGUUUAGAUCUUCCAAUUUUAUUAUAGGUGUGGCAUGGUUUUCAUUGACUAAUACCAUAUUUGCUUUGAUUCAGAAAUGUCCAAGACAGCCCAAGCAAUUAAUGAGGCAAGUUGGCAGGAAACUUUUAAAGCUCUUUGGAUUUCUGCCCUUCGUCUUGUACAGCGGGCUAGAGAACCUCUAGAGGGUCCAAUUCCUCAUCUAGACACAAGAUUAUGCAUGCUAUUAGCUCUUAUUCCACUAGCAAUUGCUGCAAUUCUCAAGGAAGAAACUGAUGCAUGUGGAGCUGAAGGAAACAAAAGUCUGCCCCGAAGACUAGGACUUGUAUCUUCUCUUCAGGAUUUGGUGCAAUAUUCAGGACUUCUUGUACCACCUUCAUCGUUGGUGAAUGUGGCCAAUGCUGCGGCUUCAAAAGCUGCAAUAUUUAGGGCCAACUGUAAGGUUGUUGGUGGCAACCCUAGCAUGAUUGGUCAGAGUCACUCUUCGACGAAAGCUGUUGGAAACAUGCUACAUCUUAUAGUUGAAGCCUGUAUUUCGAGGAAUUUGAUUGACACAACUGCUUACUUGUGGCCUGGUUAUGUUGUACUACCGGGGCAUUCAAAGAAUACAUCUUUACCCCAGGAAUCGCCAUGGGUAAACUUUAUGCAAGGAGCUCCACUAUCUGAUCCACUGAAAAAUGCUCUCAUUGCUACUCCUGCUUCAAGUGUUGCAGAACUGGAUAAACUGUACCACAUCGCAUUGAAUGGUUCAGAACAAGAAAAGUCAGCUGCAGCUAAAAUUGUGUGCGGUGCAUCACUUGUGCGGGGUUGGAAUAUUCAGGAACAUGUCGUCCGCAUGGUGGUCAAGUUAUUGUCGCCUCCUUUGCCCUCAGAUUCUUCAUUACAGGGGAGCAUGAGCCACUACCUUAGUCAGAAGUCUACCUUAAAUGCAAUCUUACUUGGUGUCUCAUAUGUCGAUGCUGUCCACAUUUUUUCUUUGUAUGGAAUGGUUCCAGAUGUUGCCGCCAGUCCAUCGCUGAUGUGGAGGCCAGAUCACAACCAUUUAUCAAGGGGCAACCAUUUGACCACAUUGCGCACGAGAAUCUAGAACACUCAUUUGCGUUAAGGGAUCACAAUGCACCCGAGUUUGGCUGGUUGCCAGAGUAUGUUGAGUUGUGCACGGCUAAAUUUCGUGUAGAGCAUCUCCAGCCGCGCCCCCAACAGG